AUGAAGUUUUCCACUGCUGCCUUUAUUGCCCUUGGCUUCCUUGCCGGCAACGUUGUUUCUGCCCCCACAUUCCAGUCUAACAAUGUCGCCCUCCCAGUCGAAGCUCGUGCCAAUGACUUCGUAGCAAACGACGCCGCCGCCAUCGCUGCCAGAGAGGACAAGAAUGCUGACGCGAAGAAAAAGGCCGCUGCUGCUGCCGCUGCAAAGAAGAAUAACGACAAGAACAAGAAUAAGAACAACAACAACAACAACAAGAACAAAAACAACAACAACAACAACAACGCCGCCGCUGAGGCAAAGUUCAACGGUCUGGCUUGUACCAAUGGAAAAGGCGCGGGCACUUGCAACGCCAAAGGCCUGUGCACUGUCAACGGCAAGACCGCACAGAUUGCCGGCCAGUGCGGUAUUGCUGCUGCUGCUGCUGCGAAGGCUACCUGA